ACUGAGACAAAUAUUUCUCACCAAAAUGAGAUCCAGGAGAUCAGGUCAACUUUAGAAGAAAAAGAAAAAGAAUUGGAAGCAGUCACCAAAAAGUCUGACUUUACUCGGAAAGAAGAAGAACUUAAAUUAGAGAUUAAAAGACUGACUGAGGAAAGAUCUACUCAUGAAAAGGAGAUCCAGGAGAUCAGAUCUGCUUUAGAAGAAAAAGUAAAAGAAGUGCAAUUUGUCAACGAAAGACUGAUUGAAGCAAAAAUAUCCCAUGAAACUGAUCUCCAAAAUAUGAGAUUGACUGAAGUAAAAACAUCCCAUGAUGUUCAACUCCAGAAGAUGAGCUCUGAACUCAAACAAAAAGAAGAAGAACUAGAAUCAGUUCAUAAAAGAAUAACUGAAUCAAAUACAUCUCAUGAUGAUCAACUCCAGAAGAUGAGAUCUUCACUCAAAAAUAAAGAAGAUGAACUAGAAUCAGUUAAUAAAAGACUGACUGAGGAAAAGAUUUCUCAUGACAAUGAGAUCCAGGAGAUCAGGUCAACUUUAGAAGAAAAAGAAAAAGAAUUGGAAGCAGUCACCAAAAGAUUAACUGAAGCAAAAACAUCCAAUGAUGAUCAGCUUCAGAAGAUGAGAUCUGAUCUUAAACAAAACAUAGACAAACUAGAAUCAGUUAAUAAAAGACUGACUGAGACAAAGAUUUCUCAUGACAUUGAGCUCCAGGAGAUCAGGUCUGAUUUAGCAGAAAAAGAACAUCAAGUGAAAUCAGCAAAUGAAAGUUACUUUGAAAGCAGAACAAAGGAAGAAGAACUGAAGUCAGUCAAUCAAAGACUGACAGAAACAAAGACAUCCCUUCAGAAAGAGCUUCAACAAAUUCAAUCUGACCUCAAACAAAAAGAAGAUGAACUAGAAUCAGUUAAUAAGAGAUGGAUUGAGGAAAGAACUUCUCAUCAAAAGCAGAUCCAGCAGAUCAGAUCAACGUUAGAAGUAAAAGAAAAAGAAUUGAAAUCAGCCGUUGAAAGACUGACUGAGGAAAAGAUUUCUCAUGACAAAGAGAUCCAGGAGAUCAGAUCUGCUUUAGAAGAAAAAGAAAAAGAAAUUAAAUCAACCAAUGAAAGAAUGGCAGGACAGCUCUUUGUUCCCAAACCUGCUGCAGAUUCUGAUGACCUUCACAAGCAGAAAUUAGAGAAAACAAUAUCUGAAUUGAAACAAAAAGAAGAAGAAGUGAAAUCCCUCCAACAGAGACUGCAGGAAUCAGCAGAUGUGAGAUCCAGCCCCCAGCGUUGUAACCCACAACAAUGUGAACACAAAGAGAGCAUGACUCAGAUGGAGACGUUUUACAAAGAGAAGCUCAUAAAGGCCCAAUCUGAAACAGCCAAAAAACAGAAAGAACUGAAAUCAGUGAAAGACAGACUGGCAGCACAGAUGGCCGCUUCACUAAAAACAGGAGACACUGAGAGCAUGAACAACCCAGUCAGUAAAACCAGACUGACUGAGAUGUACGACAACCUGAAACUGCUGCAGUGGCCUAAAGUCAAAGAUCAGCUGAAAUCCAGGAAGAUCAACCCAAAGGAGGCCAAAGAUCUGAUUCAGAAAACAUUUGGAAAUGCAUCAGAUGAAAUGAAGAGAAGGAAACAGCAGAUAGAAGAAAUGUUCCAACAGUCUGAGUCCAGCAGUGGACCGACUCUUCAGAAGGUUAAAGAGUACAGACAGAUCACAGUUCAGAACCUGCAGUUGGUUCUGUUCCACACCAACAAAGAAAAACUUCUGAUGACUGGUUUCCCAGAAUGUUUAGGUGAAUUUCCAGAGGAAGUGAAGGAGGAUCUGAGACCUCUGACCUCUGAAUGCUACUGGCUGAGCUGCUUGAUGGCUUUAAACAAUCCUCCUCUUCAGCCGGACUGGAGGAACCAUGUUCCUGGGUUUGACGCUUCCUGGGAUAUUUUUCCACAACAAAUCAAACAGUUUGUCAUGUAGAGGAAGCAGAUGCAGCAAUGAGAACAUUUUCUGACAUCACUUCCUGUUUCUUAAUUAUUAUUUUGAGGGUAUUUGUUCAUGUGGGAUUUAAUUUGUAUGAAAACAACAUGAAUGAAGAAACUAGAAAAUGGGGAAUUCUUUCAAGUUUUAAGCUGGAGUUCUUACAGGACAACGGUCCAUGUAUUUUCAGGCAGUUUGUAGGUAGGUGCUAACAUCAAUGAAAAAUAAAAAAAUUAAAAUUGA